AUGUCCUUCUCGUCCCCACCUUCCAUUACAACAUCUCUCCACAACACCCUCCUUCACAUCUCACAAAAUCCAUAUCCAUAUAUACCCAAUCCACCGAAUUGUCCUCGGCGCGCUUCCGUCGCUUUGAUACUACGAAUUCGUCCUUCUCGAAAUGAUCUUCCUCCUACCGCUCCUCAGGUCUUCCCAUACCCAGAACCUCCUACCGGCGAGCGACUCGCAAAUUUCUUCGAACAGUCAUGGGUAAAGAACGGUGAUCCGGAAUUGUUAUUCAUCAAACGUGCGGCCAGAGAAGGUGAUAGAUGGACGAGCCAUGUCGCGCUACCUGGAGGAAAGAGGGAUCCUGGCGAUGCGACUGAUAAGGAUGUCGCAGUAAGGGAAACGAGUGAGGAGAUCGGAUUGGAUCUAAGAGGAGAAAGAUGCGUAUUUGUUGGAAAUCUGCCAGAGAGGGUGGUAUCUACAAGUUGGGGAUCGGUGCCGAUAAUGGUACUCUGUCCUUUCCUCUUCAUCUGGAUAUGUCCCGCGUUUCCACCACUUCAACUACAACCUGCCGAAAUAGCAUCAACACAUUGGGUUCCUCUACGAGUCCUCCUUUCACCCUCUGUCCGCACAUACGAAUAUGUCAACGUAUCAGAUCGAUUUGCUAAACAAGGAGGAGUUGUUCUAAAAACUAUAUUAAAGCCAGUGAUAGGCAAAAUGAGAUUUGCAGCCGUCCGACUACGACCAAGCGAAUCAUUAUAUUGCAGUUCAACGAAGGAAUAUUUCUCCGAGGAAUCACAACCUAAGAAAAGCGUAUUUGGGAGAGCUUGUAAUUGGUUAAAGGGGGGAGAGAAAGCACCAAGCGAUAGACCACUAUUACUUUGGGGUUUAACGCUGGGUAUGGUAGCUGAUUUUCUCGAUCAACUACCACCGCACGAUUCGGUCGACUUAUGGGAAUAUCCCACUUUUACAUCGCCAGAUAUACGGAUCAUAAUAAACAUACUUACACGAAAUAUCAAGAAACGAAAUACAGAACGAUUACGAGGGAGUGCGCAUGAUGGGACUGGAAACCUAAUAGCAAUGGAUGGAGAAACGACUGCUGCCGCAGGGAUUAAUGUCGGAGGGCCUAUAAUUGGGAAGAAUAAGACGAAAGAGUAUGCGAUGGGCGUUAUGUUAGAGGGAUAUUAUGAUGCUAUGAAGAAAGGUGUUUGGAUUAGUGCUGGCAUAAGAUUAAUGUCAACGCUGGCGUUGAUUUUGUGGAUUUUCAAGUCGUAUAGAUUUAGAGAUAAUAGGGGUAGAUUUUGA